GGGCUGGGACUGGGAGCCUGGGGCGGCUUAGAUUCAGUCACCAGCCAGCGGAGCAUGGGCCGCUAGCGUCCCUGAAGGUGCGGGGCCGGACGGGCGGAACCCGCGGGGCGGGGAACACGUUUGACCCCGGAACCCCGCCGGGGACGGCCCACGCGGUGGACGCGAUGACCACGGCGGGAGACGCAGACCGAGACGCUGGCCUCAGCGGAGCGGCUGCUCGCUCCUGGUGGGACGCACGGCUCCAGCAGGGACAAGUUGCUUCCUGAAGGAUCUGUGUGUAUUGUUCAAAACAUAAUCAGAAAAGGUCCUCCACUUUAUCUCUGUUUUCUGCUCAUUCACUCUACUUGAGUUUUCUAGUGCCUGCAGCUAGAUGGCUCACAUCUUCGUGUAUGGCACCCUGAAACGAGGCCAACCCAACCACAAAGUUAUGCUGGACCAAUCACAUGGCUCAGCAGCCUUCCAAGGCCGAGGCUGCACAGUUGAGUCCUUCCCACUGGUGAUCGCUGGCGAGCAUAACAUACCAUGGCUGUUACACCUGCCGGGCAAGGGCCACUGUGUGGCAGGUGAGAUCUACAAGGUGGAUGAACAGAUGCUGAGCUUCCUGGAUGACUUCGAAGGUUGCCCCAACAUGUACCAGCGCACAGCCCUCCGGGUGCAGGUGCUUGAGUGGGAGGGUGCCGAUGACCCUGGGGACAGCCUCCGGUGCUUUGUGUACAGUGCAGCCACCUACGCACCUGAGUGGCUGCAUCUCCCCUACCAUAAAAGCUAUGAUUCCGAGGGCCCACACGGGCUGCGCUACAACCCCCGGGAAAACAGAUGAGGGCCCAGUGGCUGCCCAGCACAAGCAGAGCUUUCCUGGCUCAAUAUCUGUCUAUAAAACACGUCGACAAAAGGUCUUUGACACAAAUUUUGCAAAUGCUCUAUAAUCUGGUGUUACUAUUGCUUGCUAUUCAAGGGAGCUCUUGGGCUUGCAGCUAGCAACUAGAUGAGAGACACUCUGGGCUGAAGUCCCCUAAAUGUCAGUUACAGGGCACCUAGUACUCCUUUUUUGCUUUGCUUUGCUUUGCUCUAAUCUAAAGAUGGAAUCCCCUGUGACUAAAGACGUGGCUGCAGUUGGAUCUCAGAAACUGAAUGUAUUGAUUCCCACAUAUGAAAUCUAGAAGGAAGUGGUGGAAAAAUACCUUCAAGAAAAGCACCUAGACUGUGUACUCCACCACCCCAUACAGUUUCCAGAUCACACACAAACUAUUAAAACAGCCAUUAAAAUAGAA